UUUUAUUCAGUAUCGUCUUUGAAACUCAUCAAAUCCAAAUCCCUGAAAAUAAAAAUUAAAAAACAGAGAUGGAGCUACAAAGAUUCCAUCAUCUUCUUCAAUGGUUUACGUUGUUGUUUUUUAUAGGGAAUUGUCACGCGAGAUUCGUGGUGGAAAAGAACAGCUUGAAGGUGACGUCGCCGGAGAAGAUUAAAGGAACCUACGUCAGUGCAAUUGGGAACUUUGGGGUACCUCAAUAUGGUGGAAGCAUGGCUGGUGCUUUGGUUUAUCCUAAGGAAAACAGAAAGGCUUGUAAGAGCUUUGAUGAGUUCGGCAUUUCAUACAAAUCCAAGCCUGGUUCUCUUCCUAAUUUUGUUUUGGUCGAUCGUGGAGAUUGCUUCUUUGCUUUAAAGGUUUGGAAUGCGCAGCAGGCUGGUGCUUCUGCAAUGCUCGUUGCGGAUGACAUUGAAGAAGCAUUAAUAACCAUGGACACACCUGAAGAGGUUCGUUCUUCUGCGAAAUACAUUGAAAAUAUAACGAUUCCAUCUGCCCUUAUCGAGAAAACUUUCGGUGAUAUUCUAAAGAAAGCAAUCAAUGGUGGGGAUAUGGUCAAUGUUAAUCUUGAUUGGCGAGAGGCUGUUCCGCACCCUGAUGACCGUGUUGAGUAUGAGUUAUGGACCAACAGCAAUGAUGAAUGCGGAUUUAAGUGUGAUAUACUGAUGAGAUUUGUGAAGGAUUUCAAGGGUGUUGCUCAGGUACUCGAAAAAGGCGGCUAUACUCAAUUCACACCCCAUUAUAUAACUUGGUACUGCCCUCAAGCUUUCACCCUAAGCCAACAGUGCAAAUCUCAAUGCAUCAAUCAUGGAAGAUAUUGUGCACCGGAUCCCGAACAAGAUUUUAGCUCGGGUUAUGAUGGAAAAGAUGUUGUUAUUGAGAACUUAAGGCAGCUUUGUGUUUUCAGAGUGGGAAACGAGACCAAUAGGCCUUGGGUGUGGUGGGACUAUGUGACAGACUUUCAAAUACGAUGUCCCAUGAAGGAGAAAAAAUAUAACAAGGAAUGUGCGGACAGUGUUAUCAGAUCUCUUGGGCUUGAUGGUAAAAAGAUAGAAAAGUGUAUGGGAGAUCCUGAUGCUGAUGCGGAUAAUCCAGUUCUAAAAGAAGAACAAGAUGCCCAAGUGGGGAAAGGAUCUAGGGGUGAUGUUACGAUGUUGCCUACCCUUGUUGUCAACAAUCACCAGUAUCGAGGAAAGCUGGCCAAAAGUGCUGUUUUGAAGGCCAUUUGUGCUGGCUUUGAGGAGACUACUGAACCGGCUUCUUGUUUAACUAGUGAUGUGGAGACGAAUGAAUGCUUGGAAAACAAUGGUGGUUGUUGGCAAGAUAAAGCAGCGAAUCUCACAGCCUGCAAGGAUACAUUUCGAGGAAGAAUUUGCGAAUGUCCUUUGGUUAAUGGUGUUCAAUUCAAAGGAGAUGGUUAUAAUCACUGUGAACCCGGUGGGCCUGGAAGGUGCACGAUUAAUAACGGAGGUUGUUGGCAUGAGUCACGGCAUGGAAUUGCAUUCUCUGCGUGUUUGGAUAAAGGAGAUGUUAAAUGCAAGUGUCCUCCAGGGUUUAAAGGUGAUGGUGUCAAGAGUUGCCAAGAUAUUGAUGAAUGCAAUGAGAAGAAAGCCUGUCAGUGCCCUGAAUGUAGCUGCAAGAAUACCUGGGGAAGUUACGAAUGCACUUGCAGUGGAGAUCUUCUGUAUAUCAGGGACCAUGAUACCUGCAUAAGUAAGGCCCAUACCGAAGUAAGAUCAGCGUGGGCUGCCAUAUGGGCCAUUUUGAUCGGUAUGGCAAUGGCUGGUGGCGGCGCCUAUCUUGUUUACAAAUAUCGAUUAAGGUCGUACAUGGAUUCCGAAAUCAGAGCUAUAAUGGCACAGUACAUGCCUCUGGAUAGUGAAGUGGAAAUUCCGAACCACUUAAGCGACAUCAAUCGUGCAUGAAGAA